AUGGCGGGAGGACGGCGGGGUCUCGUGGCCCCUCAGAACACUUUCUUGGAGAAUAUCGUCCGCAGGUCCAACGACACCAACUUCGUGCUGGGGAACGCUCAGAUCGUGGACUGGCCCAUCGUCUACAGCAACGACGGCUUCUGCAAACUGUCGGGUUACCAUCGGGCCGAGGUCAUGCAGAAGAGCAGCACCUGCAGCUUCAUGUACGGAGAGCUGACGGACAAGGAGAUGACCGAGAAGGUUCGACAGACCUUUGAGAACUAUGAGAUGAACUCUUUUGAGAUCCUGAUGUACAAGAAAAACCGGAUGCCGGUUUGGUUUUUCGUGAAGAUCGCGCCAAUCAGGAACGAGCAGGACAAAGUUGUCCUGUUUCUCUGCACCUUCAGUGACAUCACCGCCUUCAAGCAACCGAUUGAGGAUGACUCUUCGAAAGGUUGGGGUAAAUUUGCCCGUCUGACUCGAGCAUUGACCAGCAGCCGAGGAGUCCUUCAGCAGCUCGCUCCGGCCGUCCAUAAAGGAGAGAACGUCCACAAACACUCCCGGCUGGCAGAGGUUCUCCAGCUGGGCUCAGAAAUCUUGCCUCAGUACAAACAGGAAACGCCGAAGACGCCGCCGCACAUCAUCCUGCACUACUGCCUCUUCAAGACCACAUGGGACUGGGUCAUCCUCAUCCUCACCUUCUACACCGCCAUCAUGGUGCCUUACAACGUCUCCUUCAAGACCAAGCAGAACAACGUCACCUGGCUGGUGGUGGACAGCAUCGUGGACGUGAUCUUCCUUGUCGACAUCGUCCUAAACUUCCACACCACCUUCGUCGGCCCGGCAGGAGAGGUCAUCUCCGACCCAAAGCUCAUCCGCAUGAACUACGUCAAGACCUGGUUCGUCAUCGACCUGCUGUCCUGCCUUCCUUAUGAUGUCAUCAACGCCUUCGAGAAUGUUGACGAGGGGAUCAGCAGUCUCUUCAGCUCCCUCAAAGUGGUCCGCCUGCUGCGUUUGGGUCGGGUCGCCAGGAAGCUGGACCACUACAUCGAGUACGGGGCCGCCGUGCUGGUUUUACUGGUGUGCGUGUUCGGCCUGGCGGCUCAUUGGCUGGCCUGCAUCUGGUACAGCAUCGGAGACUACGAGGUGAUCGACGAGGACACCAACAGGGUGAGGAUGGACAGCUGGCUGUUCCUGCUGGGGGAGACGGUGGGGACGCCCUACAGGUUCAACGCCUCGGGCUCGGGCCGCUGGGAGGGGGGACCCAGCAAAGACUCGGUCUACAUCACCUCCCUGUACUUCACCAUGACCAGUCUGACCAGCAUCGGCUUCGGAAACAUUGCGCCCAACACGGACGGAGAGAAGAUCUUCGCCGUGGCCAUGAUGAUGAUCGGAUCGCUGCUGUACGCCACCAUCUUCGGUAACGUCACCACCAUCUUCCAGCAGAUGUACGCCAACACCAACCGCUACCACGAGAUGCUCAACAGUGUACGAGACUUCCUCAAACUCUACCAGGUCCCCAAAGGCCUGAGCGAGCGGGUGAUGGACUACAUCGUGUCCACUUGGUCCAUGUCCAGAGGCAUCGACACGGACAAGGUGCUGCAGAUUUGUCCUAAGGACAUGCGAGCAGACAUCUGCGUCCACCUCAACAGGAAGGUGUUUAAGGAACACCCGGCGUUUCGGCUGGCCAGCGACGGCUGCCUGCGGGCCCUCGCCAUGGAGUUCCAGACCGUCCACAGCGCACCAGGCGACCUCAUCUACCACGCCGGAGAGAGCGUGGACAGCCUGUGCUUCGUGGUGUCGGGGUCACUGGAGGUCAUCCAGGACGACGAGGUGGUAGCCAUUUUGGGUAAAGGUGACGUGUUUGGCGACGUGUUCUGGAAGGAGAUGACGUUGGCUCAGUCCUGCGCUAACGUGCGAGCGUUGACCUACUGCGACCUCCACAUCAUCAAACGAGACGCGCUGCAGAAGGUUCUGGAGUUUUACUCCGCCUUCGCAAACCACUUCGCCAGAAACCUGGUGCUCACCUACAACCUGAGGAAGAGGAUCGUCUUCCGGAAGAUCAGCGAUGUGAAACGUGAGGAGGAGGAGAUGUUGAAGAGGAAGAAUGAGGCUCCUCUGAACCUCCCUCCGGAUCAUCCGGUCCGACGACUCUUCCAGCGUUUCCGGCAGCAGAGGGAGGCGCGGCUCGCCGGCGAGCGGGUCGCUCAGGGUGACGUGGAGAAAGGCGUUGUUCCCCCGAAGCCGCCCAGAGGUCCGGAGGUCCUGGCCUCCACCAGUAUAGUCAUGGUGACUGAGAGCCCGGCCACGCCCACCACCUCCUCGACAUCCACCGCAUCCUCUUCGUCCAGGACCUCCAGCCGAGUCAUGCUUCAUGCUCCCGCCACCCAAAACGGAAACCUAGUCGGCUGCAAAUCCGCAGAGCCUCCCAAAGCUAAAGGCUGGGGACGAUUCAAGGAGUCGGUUGUGAAGGCCGAGUCGUGGAGCAGCGUCUCUAAGGCCGAGUCAAUGGAGACGCUGCCUGAUAGAACUAAGUCUCACGACGAGAUGUCCCUGAAGAAAACCGACUCCUGUGACAGUGGCAUCACGAAGAGCGACCUUCGUUUGGACAACGUCGGCGGCACAAGAACGCCGCAGGAGCAAAGCCCGGUCCAGUCUGACGAGAAGAGGGUCUUCUGUCCGAUACCGGAGCAGAGCAUGCAGGCCUCGUUUGUAGAGCUAAAACAAGAACUAAGAGGAGAUAUCAGAUCUCUGAACAGCCGCAUGGCAGCGCUGGAAGCUCAGUUGGCCGAGAUGCUGCGCCUUCUCAAAUCCAGGAAGUCGUCAGGCUCCUUCUUCGACAUCUCACGGCCUCCUUCCCCCGAUUCCGAUAAGGACAGCUUCUCCUAA